CGGUCAUCAGUAGGUGACGACAGCAGCCAGUGUCCUAUCGACAUUAGGCAAGCUUUUAAAAUCAAGCAAUCUUGGAAGGGAAUACGGCGAAAUAUGGAGGAGGCGGGCAUGGAGAUGUUUCUAAGGUACCACCGUCUUCUUCUAGCUUAUGCGCUCUUGAAGGUCUAUGUACAAUGGAUUGUAUGUGAGACUUAGACAGGAUUCUAUGUAAGACGAGGAAUGUCUUUAUGCUGCUAUGGCUUGUGGUAGCGUUACUUAGUGCCCGAUUGGCCUACUGCUGAUAAGGAUCUUCAGUUAGGAAAGGAUGAACCAUUGGAUACGUUGAUAAGUGGAUAAGUGGAUAAGUUUGUGUCGAGUGAGACGUUCCGUGGAUCUACGUUUUUGCGUGUUUCGAGGGUUUGAGGCGAGGAAAUGAAAGCUUUAUUUCGUUGUUGUCAGUGUGGAGAUGACACCAGUAGCAAUGACAACAACAACAAAGGUCUGAGUUUCUCAGAGUUGGACGAGAAGAAAGUCAUCACAACCGACAACCGGAGCGGGCUCAACGUCCGGCAAGUCUUUUCACUCAAACAGUCGUGGAAGGGGGUGAUGCGAGAUGAAGUAGCUUUUGGCGUGGAGAUGUUUGUUAGAUUGUUUAAGACUAGUGCCGACCUGCAGAACAUGUUCCAUGCUUUUAAAGACAUUCGAUCAGACGAUGAGCUGAGGUCAAAUGACGCCCUAGAGAACCACGCGACUCUGGUCAUGACGACAUUAGAUGACGCCAUCACCCACAUCGACGACUACGAGUUUGUGAAAGAAGUUCUCUACAAAACCGGCGGAUCUCACGUCAAAUUUGCUGGCUUCAAGUCGGACAACUUUUUGGCGAUUAAAGAACCAUUCUUAGAGGCGGUACGUGUGACGCUAGGGGACAGGUACACAGACAACAUGCAAAACAUCUACACCAUCGCUAUCACCUUCAUCCUACAGACUCUGAAAGACGGGAUGGAUGAAGCCUUAGGAGGAUCUGCUCACACAUCAGACGUACGCUCAGGCGUUUGAUGGACAUCUCUCUGUACAUACAUCAUCUACUUCGCCUUAAGUUCUUCACUAGAUUUAGUUGUGCGACUGGAGUUUUUGAUCUCAUUAACCAGUACUUGAUACAUGACUUGAUACAUGACUUGAUACAUGACUUGAUCUAACAUUGAAUCAGAAGAAUACCUUGACUGGAAUCUUACAUAAUUCUAACAGUUCAUUUUAAGAAAGAGAAAAAAAUUAUCAGUGUUACUUCGAAUAAUUCUUUCUUAGGUCAUAUAAUUUAACUUAAAUCAAACGGUAAAAAUUGGAGGUUUAACUCAGAUGAAAUUCUACGGAGGGAAGUCUAGCCCUGACUUAUGAUAUAAAACUCAGUUGAACAAGCGUCAAGUUUACAGAUGACAUUCCACGUCAUAACUCUAGCCAAGCUUAGGGUCUUAGCGCGGGUGGUUAGGGUUAGGGUGAAUGUUAGAGGCAUGGGUAGGGUUAGGGUUAGAGUUAAUGUUAAAGUUAGAGCUAUGGGUAGGGUUAGGGUUAGAGUUAAUGUUUAAGUUAGAGCUAUGGGUAGGGUUAGGGUUAGAGUUAAUGUUUAAGUUAGAGCUAUGGGUAGGGUUAGGGUGAAUGUUAGAGGCAUGGGUAGGGUUAGGGUUAGAGUUAAUGUUAGAGGUAUGGGUAGGGUUAGGGUUAGAGUUAAUGUUAAAGUUAGAGCUAUGGGUAGGGUUAGGGUUAGAGUUAAUGUUUAAGUUAGAGCUAUGGGUAGGGUUAGGGUGAAUGUUAGAGGCAUGGGUAGGGUUAGGGUUAGAGUUAAUGUUAAAGUUAGAGCUAUGGGUAGGGUUAGAGUCUUAGCGCAGGUGGUAUAAUAAAUAUGAUAACAUAUUGUAAAGCAAAUUUAUGUUAAAUGUUAAAUCUAUAGGUUGACCCCAAUCUUGUGUUGACCUAAUUAUUGGUAUUGUGUUAGCAAUCUGGGGAAGAUUUAGGGUUAGGGUUAGGGUUAAUGUUAGGGUUAGGUUAAUGUUAAUGUUAGAGUUAGGGUUAGGGUUAAGGUUAAUGUUAGGGUUAGGGUUAGAGUUAGGGUUAGGUUUAGGGUUAAUGUUAGGGUUAGGGUUAGAGUUAGGGUUAGGUUUAGGGUUAAUGUUAGGGUUAGGGUUAGGAUUAGAGUUAAUGUUAGGGUUAGGGUUAGGAUUAAAGUUAAUGUUAGGGUUAGGGUUAGGGUUAGAGUUAAUGUUAGGGUUAGGGUUAGGGUUAGAGUUAGGGUUAGGUUUAGGGUUAGAGUAAGGGUUAGGUUUAGGGUUAAUGUUAGGGUUAGGGUUAGGAUUAGAGUUAAUGUUAGGGUUAGGGUUAGGGUUAGAGUUAAUGUUAGGGUUAGGAUUAAGGUUAAUGUUAAUGUUAGGGUUAGGGUUAGGGUUAGGGUUAGAGUUAAUGUUAUGGUUAGGGUUAGGGUUAGGGUUAGAGUUAGGAUUAAGGUUAAUGUUAAUGUUAGGGUUAGGGUUAGAGUUAGGAUUAGGGUUAGAGUUAAUGUUAGGGCUAGGGUUAGAGUUUGAUUUUGAGGGUUAGGAUUGCUAGUAAACUACUUACAUUAGUGUAAAGUCAUCUAACGUUCCCCUCUAUGGUAUUGUAAUGUCAAGUAUAAGCAAUUCUUUGGGCGCUGUGUUCCAAUCAAUGUUUUUUUAAUGCAGUUCUCGAUUUGAUGCUAAAUAAUUAGAUGGUUAUAUUCGUAGUUAGCGUUAGAUGAUUAGAUAUGUAGAGAGCAACUUGUAUAAUUAAUAGAAACAAAAUAUUAUGUAAAUAAUUUUCUUUAAAUAUAUUGAAGCAAUUUUAUUAGAUUUCAUUGUGCUAUUUUUAGAUGUUUUGCUAUAUCAAAAUGUAAUGUUUAUUUGAGUAAAUUUGUAGUUUGUCAUCAACUAAUAAAAUGUAACUUAUUUCUC